CAGAGCCAAGGAAACGAUGACGAUGCCGAUGGAGUGAUGGAAGUGAUGGAUAUAAGCGGAGGAUGCGCCGUGAUGAGUUUCGUGGGAGCGACCGAAUGGUGUUGAGUUGAAAGCCAUCCGCUGCCCCACGCCGUCUUCAUCACUUCCCCUCUGUGGCUGGUGCGCUUCCGAAUGGCUUCCGUCGCCGCCUCCCUCCUCGAGCCGCUGUCCGCCUCCACCAAAUCCGCCGUCAUCGACGCCUUCUGGGGCCCCAUCCCCGCCCGGCUCUCGCGCAGCUGCGACGACUGCCAGCUCGAGCAAUUCUGGGAAUUCUACACCAAAGAAUGCGAGCACGCGCUCCACGACGGCGGGCGGCACGUCUUCGUGCGGACCCAUCAGGACAUCCUCGACAUCGUCGCCCUCCUGAAGAAGCAGCGGUCGCGCGAUGAGAUCCGCGAUUUCCUGCGCUGGAAGCUGACCAACGUAUACCCGAACGAGGACGAGCUCCUCGACUGCUCAAUUGACCUCGCCGCCGGCCUUCUGCUGAUGAUCGACUUCGGCCAUCUGCACUACGGCUUCUCCGGCAGGCUCCGGCUGAACUGGACCAAGGGGCCCCUCAAAGACUGCCUCGAGCGCCACUUCUGUGAAGCGCCGGUCCUGGGCCAUCAAGGCGUCAAGCUGCAGCGAGUCUUCAACGCGCUCAACCUGCAAAGGAUCGCGGGGGUAGACAUUAUUCCCACGGACAACCUUGCGGACCACCUGCGUCUGACGGACGACGACACGAAGCUGUACAUAUUUCACCAUGCGUCCGUUCUCAAGUGCCAGUCUGCCAGCUCCAUCUUGCCUGCCGACCUCGCCGAAGAAACCCUCCGCACGCUCGCGCUCCUCUUUCCCCAAACCGAUACCCCGACGAGGAAAUGGCUGCGCCGAGUGAUCCCGAUGCUUUCCCUCGACCCUCAAUUGCUGCUGUGCGGACACCUGAAGACUGACGACCGGCAAAUCGAAAACUUCACAUACUGGCAUGAUCGCCUGGUAGUGUUGAAGCAGGUGUUCGAUGAGGCGACACCACAGAACAUGUCUCAAUGGUGGCACGACAGGCGGAACGGCGUGCAGUGGUACACGUUCUGGGUGGCGAUAACCGUGCUUGGCUUGACGCUGCUGUUUGGGCUGAUACAGAGCGUGGAGGGUGCCAUGCAAGUCUAUGGGACCUUCUACAGCGGUGCGAAAUGAUUCACGACGUGCGCCAUAGCUAGACACGCCCGUGUCCAUUUCACGGUCCACGGAUUCCAGGCACCGCCGUUACCAGCACUUACCCAUCGGCCUCGUGCUCCCGAUGAGGCAGUCAUGUACGCGAGUUGCAAUACCCGUUGCACCCGAUCAAGCCUUGCCAGCAUGAGCGUUCCCGCAGAUGCAGUCCUCUCCAUUGGAGAACCAGUCUUAUUCAGCCAGCCGGGUGAGCUGGAGAGACUGCUUUGUACAGGCUGGACGAAAAGAGAGGCUCUCUUCUAAGCAGAGCCACUGUCCUUGCUAGGAACUCCUGAUCCGGCAUUGUCCCUUGCCGCUUGCGCACCCUCUGGGUCCGUCUGUCCCAUGAUCAAACGAUGCUGACAAUGAUUG